GUAAUCAACUUCAGUUGUAUUUAUUUGAAUGUGUAAUGUUAGGGAAUAGAUAUAGGACUGGCUCCAUGAAGUGGAGCUACAUUGGUACAUAUGAGCAACAUGUAAUUCUAUGUCGUUGAUCUCGGCACAAUUGAACCUCUCUUCGAACAAAAUGACGACCAAGUUCUAUCAGUAAUACAUCUGUCAACAUGGAUAUAGUUGAAAAGAAUACUCCGGAUGCUUUAGAAGCUGUUAAAAGACAGCCUUUAAAGCCUCGGCCAAUAUAUGUACACGAGGCUGUAGUCGCUCGUUUGGACGCCUGCGAGAGGAAACGUGAUUCCUUUAGAGGUUCCGGACUGCAAUAUGUACUUAAGGGACUUAACAGAUAUUGCCACCAACUAAGUCCAGAUAAACUGCUAGAAGCGCUAAGGAUAGUUAGUCAGAACCAAAUGUUCGAUCGAUGGACUCUGUAUAAUCUCUAUAGAUCCAUAUAUCGCAACGUGCUCUAUUUUGGAUCAUCGCAGCACUCUAAACUUAUGGAGUACAUCUCGGAGUGUUUAUCAUACACAGUCCAGGGAUAUGGUGCAGUGGCUGUAAAGGACUACGAACAGGUAUCAUCAGAGUUGUAUAACCUACUACCAGAUGCUUUUAUGGAAGACGAUGCCGUCACGGUACAAAGUACCACUGCAGAUGUUACACCGCAGACCAACAACACGGAACUUAUGAAUGAAAUUGACAUUAGCGCGUUUGACGGAGGACCAGUUCCACUAUCAGAGUUGAAUCGGCUCUCACGUGAUAUAGUAAUGGGAGUUUACCAAGCAUAUACCACUGGUGGCCAAACAUAUCGGAGAGCGCUGCUAGGACCCUUCUCGAUGUGUUACAUUUACAAGUCUUGUCUAGAGAUCCUGCUCAAGCUGUAUCCUGCAGUGAUUGUACAUCCUGAAAGUGUACUGGAUAUAUGUGAGUCAUUGUCUAGGCAAUUAGAGAUUAUUAUCCAAGAUGUUACCAUGCACAAAGAUCUUAUUCCAUUUGCCAACACUGUUUGUGAUGCAGUUAACAUGCUGUUGUUUAGUAAAAUGAAGCGUGUAGUCAAUACUGUUGACAUUGUGUCAGGAAUACCAAUGGAUAUCCACAGGCAAAUGGAUGUGGAUCUACUACAGCUGGACAAGGAACUGGAAUCAAGCUAUAUUAAUGGAAAUAGUACGCUACAGCCUUUGGUAGUCAGUAGUUUUCUAAGCUGCUUAAAGAUGUCUAUGGCACACGUCACAGUGCAUCAAUUUGAUGUCAUAGAAAGCAUAAUAUAUCGAUUGAGGCAUCUGUGUGGUGUACCCCUAAAUGGUCAAUAUAUAGAACUACAACUAAGAUUCAUAUCGCAUAUGAUAUCAUACCAAGAAUUAUUUAGCAAUAUACAGUCACCAUGUCAGGUACCUGCACAGGAUACAUAUAAUAAAGGUCUCCACGAAAUGGAUUCGUUGAGUCCAAUGAAGCAUGGUCGUCCAUUGGAUGCUGAUAUAAGAACAGCCAGCUUUAUUGAGUCACACAAGACACCUGAAAUCAGCUAUAGAGAUGAUCAGUCAAAAGUAGAACCAUCGCAACAUGUAGAUAUACCCUCAGCUACCAUGUAUCAACAGGAUCGUAACACAUGGUCAACAUCAUAUGUUGGUAGCUUCCCUGGUGACCAAAUUGUCACUGACACUUUUAUAAAAGAUUGCAUUGUGUUCAUCAAAGAAAGGAGUGAUAUCCUGUACAAGGUAUCGGUGAAAUCAAUUUGUCAUCUGGUUGCCAUUAUCGCAAGUAUCCACGGGAAACCGACUGUUGAUCUAAAGGAUAUUUUACGAAGUUGUUUCUACCGGUGUUCUAUUAACUCAAAGUCGUUAACAAAUGCAGAUAUACUAUAUCUUAUCAGUACGUCCUAUACACAAUGUGGUUAUAUACAUCACUUUGCCGCUAGAACAAUGCUGAACACUGCAUUUUAUAGGCAUACAAUCACGAAAAUGGACACUAUAGUAACUACGCGGCUGCAUCUUCUUGCAUUGAGGAUACCAUACAACAUAGUGUCUUACGUUGACCCCAAGAGCUUCAUUGAUGUAUCGCAAUAUAUCAACAAGGUAACUGAGCCAUUGAUGUCGAGUACUAGACAGGAUAAUGUAAGUUUAUGUACCGACAAUAUGCCCUGGAUGGAUACUGUGUUCCCAAAGGAACAUGGAAGCGAUUCAACGGUACGUAUCAAAGCGAAUCCAGAAUAUAACCAGGGAGUGAAUAUUACAGGGUUAUCCUAUACUAAUAAACCAAGGCAUCGAUUUGAAUCGCAAGAAUGUAUUUACAGCAGCUACAAGGUAUACCCACGACAUACGAGCAAUAAAGGGUAUACACCUUUACAGAAUCAAUACUUACACAACCUAUGGAAAUCAAAAGGUUUUAACCAUGUGUUAAAGGCUAUGUCGUUACUCAGAUGAGAUAAUGAUUAAGUAAUUAUGUCAAACAACUCCAUAGCAUUAUUACGGUGUCUUAUGUAUAGGAUCCGAUUUAUACAUAAAAUGUAAUGAUAAUAAUAAA